ACCCCUUUGUGAAAAGGGUCCUGCCUGGAAAAGAAUGAAAAUGCAUCCUCCUGGGUUGCUGCUUUUCUUCUUAGCAGCGUGCUUCGCUCCCACAGCCGACUGCGAGACUCCGAAGGUAAGUCUGCCACCCUUUGUUUAAAUGUUCCUCAAACAGUCCUUCACGUGCGUAUGUUUAUGUGUUACGGAACAGUCCUCUCCAACCUCUGUUCUUUAUGUGCAUUUUGCUAGGUGCAGAAUAGCGUGCAGAAUGGCAUGCAGAAUGGAACUUUCAGCCUGUAAAAUACAUUCUUUGCUCAUGGGCGGACACGUGUGUCACCUAAAGGGCAGAGCCAACAUUACGGCGGAAGCCAGUUGCUUGAAUUUUUGAUCAGUUUCAGUUUGUAUUUACCAUCAGCACUGAAUGCAAUGGUAGUGGUAGAAAAUCAUUGAGGAUCUUUGUCUUCUGCUGUUUUCUGUACCUCAGGCAUCUCUCAGCGCACAUCUGUAUGUGUCCUUGGAGAGUUUUCUAAAACGCUUCCAAAAAUCUCACUGAACAGUUGACGUGCAGCAGGGAGAAUACGUUUGUUUCAGGUACAUUUCCUUGCAGUUCACCACGGAGGAAUACCACAUACUUUCAGUGGGAAGGCUUCCUUCAAUUCCUCUAUCUCCACUCUUGUGUUUAGCACUUAGAAGAGCGCGGGAUGCCUUUGUGUGUCUAUGGUCUUGGUUCUGCAGUGUGUCAUCUCCCUUCCUGUUGGCUGGAAUUCACUCUGAUGUGUAUUUGUGUCACCUGCUGCCCUAGCCCUUGUCUCUAUUCUGCUGUUAAAGGAAUGGACCGGCCUACAAAGUCCGAAGCUGUGUGAGGCAUUUGGAAAUCCUCUUCCUUGGGCAUCUGAGCCAUGGGAGGGUUACCUUGUGUUGAAUCACAGAGAGUUUUGAAGGGAGUGGGCAGAUGUGCUAAGAUGGUUCUGAGUAUGGAAGACCUAAUUUAGGAAAGGCCAGAGUGCUGGAAGGAUGCUUCAGUGUCAGAAAUUUAGGUAGAAGCUUCUGUUUAUGUAUAUGGCACUUUCGUAGGCCAUACAAGGCUAAUUCAAGGGCCAUACGUGGCUAAUAAGCAUCUCAAUAAGGUAAGAACCUCAUGAACCUUUUGGACUUGGACCUUUUGGAUUUAUGUUGACUUGAGCAUAAGUAUGGUUUGAAGAAGUGUCUCUACUGGUGCUCACUGUUGGUCUGACAGCCCGAUUUCCAGACAAGCAGGUUCCAGUGUAUCAGUGCAUGCAGAGGCAGGGCUCCUUCAGCUGCUGCCAGCGGAAAUUUUGGUCUCUUCACUUUGAGACGUUGUUCAUUUCUAUAAUCCCUGAGGUGUCUGGCUGGGGGUGAAGCAGAUACAAUGUAGGUAAUGAGUGAUCACACAGAGAGAGGUGAAAUAUUUAUAGUCACCUCUUGAGCAGAUUAUUUACUCUGGGAAAAAUGACCUUUCAGAUUUCUUUUCCCAAAAGCUUCCUUCUUCUGGAGGAGGAGAAGAAACUCUUGAAAAGCUAUAACGGGAGGUAAGGAAAAACAAGGGUCUGGUGAAGUCUGCUCAGAUCACUUAGGAUGGCCACUGAAAGUGACUGGGAUAGAAGUGCUGAGGUGCCAUCAGAAGCCUCUGUCGCCUUGCAGGAGCUUUGCAGGGGCCAUUGAGAGAGAAAAGAGAGGUUUUGUGGCUGGUUUCCAGUGCUGUUAUCUCAGGGCUCUGAUUUGAUGUCUCAGGUCUGUUAGCUUGAUUUGGGUUUUGGUAUAAGGUGGAGAAGAUACAGCAGAUGUGAGAACAAGGAGAGUUUCUCUGCUGGGAGGUCAGUCCCAGGUGGUACUGGAGGAAGAAUAGAAGUAGCGGGGGAAGGAGAGGAGGGCUCUUUGUCUUAAGUGUCUCUGAGCUAUGCUGCUCAUCCUCGUGCUGAGAAGCAUCUUUCUUGGGCAAAUGCAAAGAGUUGUUAUGUCCAGGAACUGCUGGUCUGUUCAGCUGAAGUGUUCCUGAGAACUUGUAUGACUGUAGUGACUCAAAUGUCUGCAGCUUUGUUGCGUAAAGGGCAAAAGCACUGGAAACUUGGUGAUUCAUUAGAUAAUGACUGUUUCCAGAACUGGCUCCCAGGAUUGUUGGAGCUGAACACUGAAGUCCAAAUCUGUUUUUCUUUCUUCCCUGGAGUUUUGUCUUGCAGAAGGAUUUGAGUUACGAUUUGGGAGGAAGUGAUAAAGCAAGAAAAUGAAGGGAAUAAAACUAGCCUUAAAAAAGUCCGCAGCUUGUGCUCCUGAAACUGAAUAAAAUAAACACGAGCACCUGAAAAGUAAAAGACAGGAGUGUAGGAAGCACUGCAGCAUCCGGACGCUCAGCAGUGCCUCAGCAAAGCACAGGGUACCAUGGCUGCUCAUGAAUGUGAGUGAGCGCAGUGAGAAAGCGCCAUCCUGCCCUGGCAGGGCACUGCUCGGUGCGGGCAGAGGCUCCCUGGCCCUGAGCUUCUUUUGGCUGCAGCUCAAAAAGCCUCCUUUAUUUUUGGAGCUGUUUGAGAACACCAGCCAUCCUGCUCGCUUGCUUUGCACCCAAACCACGGUGCAGUUCAGUUCAUCUGAUGGGAGCAGUGCCUGUUCUCACCUCACCCCCUUCCCCUGGCACAGCCACCAGGGACCUCGUGGGCCCUCUGUGCUAUGGGCAGCCAUGCUGUAACACAGAGGGAGACAUUCCCUCCUGCUGCUUCAUCCCCAGCGUUUCCAAUGUUACAAGUGGUCACAGAUAAGGCCAGAGGAGCAGCAUGGCUGUUUUCCACAAGGCUGUGCCCCAUGAGUGCCCUGUGACUCCAGCUGCGGCUGCCUCUCAUCCUCUCCAAAGCCUCAGCAUUCAAACCACUGCUUUUAUGUCCCUCGAUUCUCUCUUCUGCUUUCCAAACAAACAAAGCCCUCCAGAAAAUGACUACUUCAUCAGUUCUGUCACUCAAAUAAGAAGGGACUUUUUUUUUUUUUCCAUUUUCUUCCUCUUUCCUCCCAGUGGUUGCUGCUGACACGAGCACAUUUCCUUCCACAAAGGGGAAGGUCUUACUGGAAAGCUGCCUAAGCUUCACCAAGUGUCCUAGGAAUUUAGGGUGGGGGGAUUCUUUGGCAACUGCCUUGCCUUACGGGAUUUGUUUUAUUCUGAAAAUGAACUGCGCAUACUUACAGGUGCCAUCGGGGAGGAGGUGCUCCUUCUCUGUUUAGAAACGGGGUGCCAGUGGUGGACAGAAGAAAAAUUGAAUAACGUGUGGCAGAAAAUAUGUUUAGUGGCCCAGGUGUGUCUGACAGCCAGCUCCUGAUACCUGGAAGUAAAGACGAAAGAGAAGAUUGGAGGGUUUUAAUGUAAUGCCUUGUGCUCUACUCUUUGUGUGAACUUUUUAAUGCAGCUAGGGAGGCUCAGACACCUGAUAAGGGUCUGUGGGGAAGUUCUGACAGCUCUAAGAGCAUCAUCUGUGGUGAGGCAUCCAUCUGUGUUUCCUCCUCGAGCAUCUCUCUCCUCCUCUUCCUGAGGCAUUGCCUGAGUGAAGGCUGAGGCUGGGAUUUGAAGGGACCUGAUGCACCAUUCUGUCAGAUCUGAGUGUCUGGUUUCAUCUGGCUUCUCUCAAAAGCCGAGCUUUAAUCUGGAGUCCUACUUUGUGCUUAAAUCCACUGUUUCGAGCUGCUUCUUCCCUGCCCCAUCAGUGGCACCGCUGAUCUUUUGAGGUGGAGUACUCCAGAGUUAACUCCUCACUUAUCCAUCCGUAGUGACUGUCUUAGUUUUGCUCCAUAAAAGAGGUGAGAUUUCUGGCUACACUGUGUGCCUGUAGGGUAGAAACGUAAGGAAUGGCAAAGCUGACCUCUGUCCUGCUGGGUAGAGUUAAAGCUUUGGGUCACAGGGCAUGGGGAGAUGUAUGUGGAGGAUCUCAGAUUGUUUUCAAGCUAUUUAUAGUGUAGGGGGGGAGUCCUUCCGAAGGAAGUGGAUGUUAAAGUUCAGUAAGGAGUGCUCCAGAUGCACAACUAGAAAUGAACAUCCACAUGAGGGACCAUCACAGGCACAAGAGUUGGUUGGUUUGUCGGGAGCAUGUUUGCAUGGAUGGCUGCAGGUGACUCCAGGAAGGCAGGAAAAGUUAAAAUCAAUGAAAUGCAACGUCAAGAUGACAUAUACCUCAAGCACAGCAUGUACAUCUUGUGCUGCGGUGCCUAGGAUGUCCUGUCCCAAAGGCUGGAUGAGGGCCACCCAAGGACGUGGAGUGAGGGGCUGCAGGUACACCGUCAAAUUAGGAGAAAAUACCCUCUCCCAGCCAGGGUGCUAUCAAAUAUGUAAGAAGGAAAUUGAGGAGAAAAAGUGUUGCCCAGGAUUUUGGGGUACAGAGUGUUAUGAAUGUCCAGGAGGCUCUGAAAAUCCCUGCAGUAGUCAUGGAACGUGUUUGGAUGGUAUACAGCGAAAUGGAACCUGCAUCUGCAAGGAGCAGUACAGUGGUUUUGCCUGCCAGAACUGUCGAGAUGGAAACCGUUUUGGCCCAGACUGCCAGUCAGUGUGUGACUGUGUGCACGGGGAAUGCAACAGCGAUGUCGCUGGGAAGACAAGCUGCACUUGCUAUGGAGGCUACACUGGCCCCAGAUGUGACCAAGAGAUCCCCCUUUGCAAAAGCAUGAGGUGCGAGGCCAACAGUGAAUGCGUGGUCAAGGACGGGACUGCAAUGUGUAACUGCAAGCUGGGCUACAGAAAAAGCGGAAGCGUCUGUGUAGCUCAGGAUCCCUGCACUUCUUCUCCAUGCUCCCCGUUUGCUGUAUGUAAGUUUCUUGGACCAAGAAAGUAUGAGUGUACGUGCAAAGAAGGAUAUCAAGGAGAUGGGAGGGUUUGCCAGCCCAUAAACCCCUGUGUUGAUAACAAUGGAGGCUGCCCAGAAAACUCAACGAAUUGUAUUUACAAAGGUCCAGGACAGGCGUCUUGUGUUUGCAAGCCUGGCAUGAUCGCACGGCCUCCUUCACUGGAAUGUUCUUCAUUUGCCAGUGACUGCCAGACGUAUUUUUGUGAUAUCUCUUCUAAGUGUGAAAUCAAUUCCCAUGGAAAUCCCAGCUGCGUGUGUAAAGAAGGGGAGAUUGGAGAUGCGAGAAGCUGCUACAAAGAUCUCAUGAGUGAGAUAAACAAGCUUAGUUCUCCUGGAAUGUUUAGUAGGAAACUAAGCACCGCCAGGAAGAUGUUUGCUUCUGGUUGUUCAGUGUUGCUGACAAAAUACGGGCCUUUCACUGUCUUCCUACCUUCCCUUCUUCCAAUUAAUGAUAAAAUGGAAUUUAAUGGUACUACUGCUGCAGAUUUGUGCAGGAUGCACAUUGUUCCUGGUCUGCAUUUGAUAGAAGACAUGGCUAAAGCCAAGACUAUGUGGACCUUGUCAGGACAUCGGCUGACAUUCAGUAACCAGGCAUACACCAAGUCAUUUCGAUACCAAGAUGUGCCAGGGGAACUGUACAAUGUUCUUCAGCCAGAUUUCCCAGCAGCCAAUGGUAUUAUACAUGUCGUUGACACCCUGAGGAAAAAACGUAACGCUGACAACAUUGGAAACCCACAGAAAACCAUUGGGGAGAUCCUUGCUUCCACGGAGAUCUUCAGUCGAUUUGAGACUAUCCUGGAGAACUGCGGCCUGCCGGCAAUACUGGAUGGGCCAGGCCCCUUUACUGUGUUUGUACCCAGCAAUGACGGUGUGGAUAAAUUAAGAGAUGGGAGGCUCAUUUAUCUGUUCACAGAGGGCAUAAAUAAGCUCCAGGAACUUGUGAAACACCAUAUCUACGCUUCAGCAGCGAUAACUGUGGAGAAACUGAUAGUGAUGCCACACAUCGUUACCAUGGCUAACCAGAUAUUAUCUAUCAACAUCAGUGCAGAUGGAAGAAUUCUGAUGGACGACUCAGAGAUCCCCUUAAACCUGAGAAACAUUGUGGCAUCAAAUGGUAUUAUUCAUACCGUGGACGGCAUCUUCAUCCCUCCUUCAAUAAUUCCCAUUUUCCCUCACAGAUGUAAUGAAGAACAACACAAAAUUGUGACUGGCUCUUGUGUGGACUGUGAGGCCAUCAACAGCAGUGUUUGCCCACCUGGCAGCAGAGAAAUGGAACUAACGCCAUUCCCAAAAGAAUGUGUCUACAUCCAUGAUCCACAAGGACUGAAUGUCCUGAAGAGGGGGUGUGCCCGGUACUGCAAUCAGACCAUCGUGAAACCUGGGUGCUGUGAAGGAUUCUUUGGUCCAGACUGCACACCGUGCCCAGGGGGAUAUACCAACCCAUGCUAUGGCCGGGGAAAUUGCAGCGAUGGCAUAGAUGGGAAUGGCAACUGCCAGUGUUUUGAAGGUUUCAAAGGAAUAGCCUGCCACAUCUGUUCAAACCCAAACAAACAUGGCGAGAACUGCGAUGAAGAUUGUGGCUGUGUCCAUGGUGUGUGUGACAACAGGCCUGGCAGUGGGGGUGUGUGUCAGUCCUGGUCCUGCAAGGAAGGCUAUACUGGGAAGUUCUGUGACAGGACCUCCAAGAAUUGUGGCCCAAGUGGGCUGUCCCAGUACUGCCAUCAGAAUGCUGUCUGCAGCCUCAAUGACACAGCAAGGUGUAUCUGCAUGGAUGGAUAUGAAGGUGAUGGGUUUUCCUGCCAGCCCAUUGAUCUGUGCAGCCAGCCAGAACGAGGAGGCUGUUCCCCGAAUGCCCUGUGCACCAGUACUGGCCCUGGCAAUGCCACCUGCCAGUGCAACGUGGGCUGGACUGGAGAUGGGAAGGCCUGUGUGGCUAUAGACAACUGCAUGCAGGAGAGCAGAGGGAACUGUCACAUCCAUGCCGACUGCAUUUAUAUCGGCCCUGGUCAGAGUAAGUGUGUCUGUAAGAGAGGUUAUGCUGGCGAUGGCCACAACUGCGAUGCAAUCAACCCAUGCCUCAUGGACAACGGUGGCUGCCAUGACCUGGCCAUUUGUGUACCCCUUGGAGGAGGGGAGAGGUCUUGUGCCUGCCCUGAAGGCUAUGUUGGAGAUGGCAUGACAUGCUAUGGGGAUGUUCUGAAAGAGCUGGCCGGGAGUUCCCACUUUGCAGGCUUCUAUGGUUGGGUUAAGAAAUCUCUCUUCAGCAUCCCAGCAGGAACCAAUGUCACUGUCCUGGUGCCAUCAGAGGAAGCUAUCAAAAGCUUGAACAGCAGUGAGAAAGAUUUCUGGCUGACCCCCUACAUGCUGCCAUUUCUAGUCAGGGCCCACUUUCUUGAAGGUGUCUUCACUGAUGAAAAGCUCAAAAAGUACGACAGGCCAGAAUUACCCACCCUCAACCCACGGACCAGAUGGCAGAUAAACACUGAGAGCGGUGUAUUCACCAUUCAGAAUGCAAGUCUUGUUGUCAGUAACAUCCCUGCCAGCAAUGGCAUCAUUCAUAUACUCAGCAAGGUUUUGUUGCCACCUUUAGGAGAUGUCCCACCCAUUCCACCAGGGCUGCAGAAACAGCUCGAUGCAGUUGCCUCAUUCAGCACAUUCAAGAAGCUGCUAGAGCAAUACCAGCUCAUUGGAAAAAUCGAGUCCUCUGAAAAAUACACAGUCUUUGUUCCUGGAAAUAAUUCCAUCGAGGAGUACUGCCGUGCUGCCAAUGUGACACAGUUGGACAAUGAGACAGUGCAGUUCCACAUUGUACUGGGAGAGAAACUCUUGCCGGCAGAUUUGAGAAGUGGAGUCCAUAAGAACAGCAUGUUAGGGCUCUCCUACUGGUUAAUGUUUUAUCAAAACAGCACCCAGAAGUUUGUCAAUAAUAUUCCUUUGGAUGGAAAACUCUUUGAGACGAGGAAUGGCAUACUAAUCGGGGUUUCACAGGUCCUCCAGAUACAGAAGAAUCGUUGCACUGCCAAUACCACCACUAUACAAAAGUCAAGGUGCGGCAAAUGUGAGAAGGGGAUCAAGUGUCCUCCAGGAUCAGUUCUUGUGGAAUUUCCAGGAAGCAAGAAUCUCCCUCGCUGUGAACUGCGCUCUGGGGACACUGGUUGCCAUUUCAUCUGUGCAAAAGUUUCUCUGAAGUCUGUCUGCUGCCCCGGCUACUACGGACACAUGUGUGAGAUGUGCCCAGGAAAGCCAGGCCAGUGGUGCUCCGGGAAUGGGGAAUGCCUGGACGGCAUCGAGGGCAGCGGAGAGUGCCAAUGUCUGGAAGGUUUCCAUGGCACUGCUUGUGAAAUGUGUGAAGUGGGCCGGUAUGGAGCUGACUGCAAAUCAGAAUGUGCCUGUGACAAUGGCAUAUGCAACGAUGGACUGCAAGGAGAUGGGAGCUGUGAUUGCUUUCCUGGGUGGAAGGGCCCAACCUGCCAAGAAAGAAUUGAGGUGGACUUAUGCAAUGGCACUUGCCAUCAGAUGGCUAACUGCCUGAAUGCCUCCAUGGAUUCCCCACCUAUGUGUUUCUGCUCUGCCGGAUACACAGGGAAUGGGACACACUGCACAGAAAUAGAUCCAUGCACUAUCGAUCAUGGUGGCUGCUCCAUACAUGCUGUGUGUACUAAAGUGUCCCCAGGAGAGAGAACCUGUGUCUGCAAGGAAGGCUAUGCUGGCGAUGGGACGCUCUGCAGGGAAAUUGAUCUUUGUCUUGAAAGCAGCGGGAAUUGCCACACCAACGCAGAGUGUGUUAAAACAGGCCCAGGGAAGGUUGCCUGUAACUGUCUUCCUGGUUACAGUGGGGAUGGUGUGAGACGGUGCAACCCCAUCAACUUGUGUGAACAGAACAACGGAGGCUGUAGUCCCUUUGGGCUCUGCAAAUACACAGGCCCUGGCACUCGAAACUGUUCCUGCUCUUGGCACAGCAUUGGAGAUGGCUUCACCUGCCGUGGUAAAGUUUAUCAGGAGCUCGCAAGGAUAGAAGAUGCAUCUGUGUUCUUUAAGAUGAUACUGGCAGAAAAAAACAAGGAGCUCAGUGGGGCAGGGCCUUUCACUGUCUUCGUCCCACGGGCAGACUUCAUAGGAAACUCUACAACAUUUGAGGAGUGGAAGAGCAGAGGUCUCCUCCAGGAGCUGCUUCGCUACCACAUGGUGGGAUGCCAGAAAUUGCUGUUGAGUGACCUGGAAGCCCAGGAGUCCCUCACAUCUUUAUCUGGCCACACAAUAAAGAUCACCAAGAAAGAGAAUAGCAUCUAUCUCAAUGAUGAAGCCAAAGUGGUCAUGAGUGACAUCAUCGGUGUGAACGGGGUCAUUCAUUUCAUCAACAAGAUCCUCAUUCCAAGUGACCUGGUGAGCCGUAACAUUUCCUCACAGAUCUCACAGCUGAACAUCACAGAAGCAGCAGAGACCUUUGGGUACACCAUUUAUAGCAAGUUGCUGAAGGAUGCGGAGCUGCUGCCGCUGAUCAGUAACCCCCUGCACAGACCCUUCACCAUGCUCUGGCCUACAGAUGCUGCAUUUAAUGCUCUCCCGGAGAAAAGGCAGCAGUGGCUGUACCACAGGGAGCACCGGGGCAUGCUGGCCUCCUACCUCAAGGCACACAUGAUCAGAGACACGAAGAUUGUUGCUGGUAACAUGCCCCAGGUCAAGUCCGUACGGACCAUGCAUGGCUCCACUGUCUCGUUCAGCUGCAGCAGAACCCAUGUGGGAGAGCUUCUGGUGGGAAGUGGUGAUGCUGUGAUCAUCCAGAGGCACAUGGAAUUCCAUGGGGGCAUUGCUUAUGGCAUAGACAGGCUGUUAGAGCCACCAGACCUGGGAUCUCGCUGCGAUGAGUUCAUCUCUGUGGAGCUGAAGGGAUCGAUGGAGAGCUGUGGACCCUGUGGCUUCGAGCCGCCCUGCCCUGCUGGCUCAGUGCAACGGGGGGGAACCUGGGGCUGCCACUAUUUCGAAAACCAACUGUUCAGGAACACUUUUCUGUUUCGCCAUAACCACCCAUUGCGGCCAUCCUGGUCUUCCUCCCCGUGGGAACCUUUCAGAAGACACUUCUCUUCCAGGGGGCCUCUGAAACGAGGCUGCAGGAGGAACUGCAUUUCCACCCAGUGGGUCCCCCAGUGCUGCAAGAACCACUAUGGCCGCGACUGCCAGGCCUGCCCGGGGGGGCUUGAGGCGCCGUGUGGGAACCGUGGGACCUGCGAUGACAGUAUCAGUGGCUCGGGGCGGUGCAACUGCAGCCAGGCCUUCAUCGGGACCAGCUGUGAGCUGUGCGCACCGGGCAGAUAUGGGCCCCAGUGCCGAGAGUGUAAUUGCACUGAGCAUGGCGUGUGCAAUGGAGGGCUGCACGGCGAUGGCUUUUGCUUCUGUGCCGAGGGCUGGACUGGAGAGCGCUGCGAAGUCCGUCUGGCCGUGAAGCCCACCUGCUCACCGCCGUGCCACCCCCAGGCCUCCUGCCGCGCUGGCAACCUCUGUGAAUGUGACAUGCACUAUGAAGGGGAUGGCAGAGCCUGCACAGCCAUUGACAUGUGUAGCCAGGACAACGGUGGCUGUGCCACGCAUGCUGCCUGCACGCAGCUUGGUGUCAACGUCUCCUGCACCUGUGCUGCGGGGUACUGGGGUGACGGCUACGUCUGCGAGCCCAUUGACCACUGUGCAGAUGGCAGGAAUGGGGACUGCAGCGAGCAUGCACACUGCAUCAGCACCGGGCCGAACAAGCGGCGCUGCGAGUGCAAGAGGGGCUACAUCGGUGAUGGGAUCCAGUGCCUGGAGGAGGCCGUGCCCCCUACGGACCGGUGCCUGGACAGCAAUGGGCAAUGCCACCGGGAGGCCAUCUGCACCGACCUGCACUUCCAUGAUAAGACCAUGGGUGUAUUCCAUCUGCAGUCACCCCGAAAGAAGUACGACUUCACCUACGUGCAGGCACAGGAGGCGUGUGCUGCAGAGGGGGCCGCCCUGGCCACAUUCCAGCAGCUGGCGGCCGCGCAGCAGAUGGGGUUCCACCUGUGCUUGGUGGGGUGGAUGGACAACGGCACCGCCGGUUACCCCACGGCUUUCCCCACCCCGAGCUGCGGCUCCAACCACGUGGGCAUCGUGGAUUACGGCCCCCGCAACAACCUCAGCGAGACCUGGGACGCCUUCUGCUACCGCGAGAAGGACGUGACGUGCGUGUGCCCCGACGGCUUCGUGGGGGACGGUACGUGGUGCCGCGGCCGCCUGCCCGACGUGCUGGCCGAGGACGCGCGUUUCUCCACCUUCUACUCCCUGCUGCUCGCUUUUGCCAACGGCUCGGCAGAAGGGCUGGAGUUUUUCACCUAUUUGUCCGACGACUCCGCUCCCAAAACGCUUUUUGUCCCCGUGAAUUCUGGCUUCGCGGAGAACGAGACGCUGUCCGGGGAGGAGCUGCAGCUGCACGCCUCGGCUCUGCUGCUCUUCAGCUUCGACCUCACCGCGGGAACCGCCGUCCCGUCCCGGGCGGGGCGCGACCUCCGCGUGUCCGCCCUCCCGCCGGGCAACGGCUCCGCGCGCUCCGAAACCACGGGGAUCGACGACUCCGCCGUCGUGGAGUGGGACAUCGCGGCCGCCAACGGCGUCAUCCACGCCCUCGCCGAGCCGCUGCGGCUGCCCCCGCCCGCGGCGCAGCUCGAGCAGGUGGGCGGAGGGACGCGCGCUGCCGGCGCGGCCGCGGGGGCCGUGGCGGCGCUGUGCGUGGCGCUGGCGGGGGCGGCCGCCGCGGGCACCGCGUACUGCGUGAAGCGGCGCCGACGGGACGGGCAGUUCGGGUACCUGCAGGCCGACCUGCGCGAGGACGAGGACGCCGAGGAGGAGGAGCGCUCGCGAGGAAAGGCGGAGCCGCGCGCCGACAGGGCCCGCCCCCAGCGCCGCUUGGUCGCCAUCCCCAACCCGCUGUACGGCGGCCACGCCUCCGACUACGAACCGCUGCACGACGCGCUGCUGCAGGAUCCCGCGGGCCCCGGAGACCUGCAGUGACGGACCCGGCUGCGGCGCGGCCCCGCGGGCGCAGACAAAUAAAGAGCUCCGCCCCGCAGCCUCA